UGCGGCUGCAAACGGGUUUCAGUCGAGUUUUGGGCCUCAGAGGCGAUACGCGAUAUUCGAGAUCCGCGAUGACUAAUUCCGUGCCCGUCGCAUUGGUUUUCUUAGGCAGCCUGUGCCUUUUUGUUGGCGUAGUGCAGGCAGCUUCCAUCGAGUGUGGAUCGGAGGCCAAGUCAGCAGAGGACUCGGUGACCACACCCAGUCCAAGUGAGGUCAACAAGUUCGUUCACAGCCUGCAAUGCACUUUGGAGAAGGCCAAGCCAUGGAUCGCCAACAUCGAGAAGGAGGCUAAGAUCUUGGAGGAGAAGGCAAGGGAUGUCACCAGAUCGCUUUUCCAGCGCAUAAAUAUGUUGGUCAACGUCCUUGCUCAGCCUGGCAACUCUGAGAAGGACAAGAACAAGGACAAGGACCCGGAGGAGGUCAGCAGCACCACGGAGGAAACGUCCACUUCAGAUACUUCCAGUACUUCAACAAGUGCUCCUAAAGAAGAGCUCACCACUUCCUCGCCGCCGAUUCACAUGGAGUGGCUGGAGGAUAACGCCAAUGAGGUGGACUACGUCCCAGAGAAGAAUCAGUAGUAUACUUAGCUAAAUUAUAAUCCUACAUUUAUUUAUAUUUAUUAAUAAAGAUUAUAGCUCUUUUUUUUUGGAGAUGAGCAUUUCCUAUUUAUAAUAA